AACCACGCACAAUUUAGUUAUUAGAAAUUCGAGAUCAUGAUUAUAUAGUAUAUUAUAAUAUGGAUACACUUUUGUUUCGUAUAAAGCGAAUUACCAAAUAAUUGUCGUUAAAAAAAAAUCAACAAUGUUGAGUCAGUUUUCGUUAUUUUCGGUGAUUUUAAUUUUAUUGGGAGGACGAUGUUUUUAUGGCAUUAACGGAGAGCAGCAGCAACAGGAACAACAACAACAGCAGCAACCCGAGCAACCUGCAAAAAUAGAAGAAAUUACAGAUUUCGAAGGCAGAUGGUUUGCAGUUAUGUCAACUCCACGCUCCGACGGCGGAGAGUGUAAUAUUCUCACCAAUAACAAAGUGCCAUGCCAAUGUAUAUCAGCAGAUUUUCUGUCUCUCCAGAGCGCUGCAGGCUAUCAAGUGUACAUGUAUGCAAUAAAUAACGCGACUUCUAAAAUAACAGUCGAUAUAGGAGGUGCAUCGUGCGUGCCACCCGACAAUAAAAAAGAAGUCCAAGGUUGCAUUUACAGCCGUGCUACAAUGGAUAUGAGCGUAAUACAAAAAACACCAUAUGGUCUAUCUGAAAAUGUUCACGGAAGUGAAUUUUUUUAUAAGUUUAAAAUGACCAUUAUCGGCUCUAAUCUCGAAUAUAAGUAUAUGAUCACCACAAUGUCCUCAGAUAAAGCUUCUGAAGAAACGGUUGUAUGGUGCAGAGUUAGAGCACCAGGUAGAAAUACUAUCUGGAGGCAAAUAGUACUACACUUUCAACGUCUAAAAAUGGAUAUACACGAUUUAGAUUUCAUUAAUCAGCUAAAUUGUGUGUAUCCAACGAUACCUCAAUGCAACGAAAUAUUUUUCUGUUAAUAAUCAAAAAUGCUAUUCGAUACUGUACGUUAAUUGUAUAGGUAGUAAUAAAAUACAUAGUAUAAUAAAUGUAUUAUUCUAUUAAACAAUUAAAAUUAUCAAACAUA